GUAUGCGGACGAAAGUUCUAAUUCGUCUGCUAGCUACAUGUGCGUGACAUGUUCAGGAGAGAUUUGUAUGUUAGUUUGGUUCCAGAUAUUUGAUCAUACAAAUCUAAAAUAGCAAAGUUCGUCGUUGUGCGAUAAAUAAGUAUGGGAAAGUCUAAGGCGAACAGGCAUAAUAAACAAGCGCGUGAUAAUCCCACAGGACUAGCUGCUAAAACCGAUUCUGAAGACAUCGUAAUGGACUGUGGUGUAAUGAGUCCUUACACAGGAACUAUCUUGUCAUCGGAAACCCUCAAAUCCCUUUCAAGCCAGUUACAGAGCUCAUCUGUUGAAGAUCGUGACUGUGCUUGCCAUGCUUUAGCAGGAUUAAUAAGAAAUAAUGAAGAUUCUUGUGCAGCAUUACAUGAAGGAUUAAUUAAAGUUCUCGGUCCUCUGCUACUGGAUACAAGUGCAUCUGUGUGCCAUUCUGCUGCCUCAGCUCUCCACACUAUUGUAUCAAAAGGAGGUGACCAAGCAGUCAAGCUUGCCAUUGAACAUGAUAUAUUAACACCAUUAACUGCCUUGCUGAAGAGGAUUCCGGCACAAUGGAAACCUCACCAAGCACCAGGAGACAAACUCGAUACUUCAACAGCCACAUUCAUAGAAACAGUUGGUACGCUUAGUGUGCUCUCCGAAAGCAGCAGCCUAGCUGUGGACAGGAUGCAUCGUGAAAACGUAGUUUCUAUGCUGAUUUCCUACUUGGACGUCAACGUAUAUGGCCUUGAUGUGGUGACGACUGUCGUCCAGUUUCUUAGCACAGUAACAGAAGACCAAGGUGAUACAGACUACACAGACCUAUUGAGGAAAGAGGCUGUCUCGAAAUUUCUGGCUGGAAAAGAAUCUAGCCCUUUGUUGAGAACGCUAUCGCUUAUGAUACUUCUAAAUUUAAAUCACCAGCAACUGAAUUCAGAAUUGGGUCAGUCAACUCAAGAAGUAAUAGAAAUUCUAACUUCUUCCCUUUCUCUCGACCAGAGGAAGGCAGCAUCUCAUGUGGUAGAUGAUUUACCAACAACGCGAGACGAAGAAAGAGCAACUGACGAUAUGGAAGAAGACUUAGUGUCAUCCAGGUUAUAUGAUGCCGUUGAAGCUGCCGAAGAGUUAAUCUCUGCUCAGAUAAAAUCGUUGGAAAUAUUGACCAAUAUCUGUUGUUCUGGUGAUGACGCCGACUCGGAUGAAUUCUACGAAGAUGAAUCCGUUGGCGAUGAAUCGCUUGGAAAUGAGGGUCUUGAAGAAGCCAUACCCGAUAUAAAUCCCGAAUUGAAGAAAGCGUUCGUUGAUGCACAGUUGUUUCAGUUGGUAAUUGAAAAAGCCAAAUUACCUGCAACAAACAUCGUUGAAGCUUUAAACCAGCAUCGUUCAGGAAAGUCGCUUCUUAAGCGUUAUGAGGCGCUUCAGUGUAUGGCGUUUCUUUGCUUGAGCAAUAUGGUGAUGGCUUUCGACGUGGAAGAUAUGGGCGGAAGUAAGGAGUUGUUUGAUAUUUGGUGUAGCCUGGCUGUCGUGGCCUUUCAGGGUGACAAGUCGGACCAGAUGCUAGCUGCCGCUACUGCUUCUAUGCGUGCCAUCAUCCGCAAAUUGUCUUUCCACAAAGACAUAGUCAACCUUCUAAAGCUAGAAGACAUCACUCUCAUCUGCCAGAGAGUAGAAUACUGUCAGCCUCAGUCGAAAGUCAACGUUCUUCAAAUUCUUGGCACACUUGGUUCGAUGGCUGCUGGCGUUGAUCCACCUCUGCUGGAGCCGCGUGCUUCGAUUGUUCGUGGAGUAGGCCAAAUCCUGCUAGAUACUGCUUGUCUUAGUCAGGAUCUAUGGGUGACUGCGGAAGCUAUGGAUGCAUUGUUUGAUGUUUUUAAAGAGGACCAUACGGAUCCAGUAGUCAGUGAUAUUCAGCUUGUGGAGCGCUUAAAAUCCAUGGCACCUACAUUCAAGCAUCGCGUUCAUUCUCAGCGUCGAAGCCUGGCAGCGGACCAAUUCCCUGUUGUUAUGACGGCGAGAGACAAUCUCCUACGCUUUAUUAAGUAUAAGACAAAGCAACGUUCAUUGACGACUCGAUAAUGUUUCGAUUGUUAAAAUUUAACAAAGUUGCUGUUGGAAACAAA